CCCUAUGAUGCGUUACGCAAGUCACCACCCUGUAUACUUUCUUACAAAUAGAAACGUAGCAUUCACACAACGACCCACAUAGUGGUAUUCAUCUAAAAAUAUGUGGUGGUCGUUCUACGACGUCCCAGUUGUAUAAUUCUUUCACAACGGAUGCUGACCUAAUUCUUUUAUAAUGGCGAUAUCCAUGAGAUCAGUGCAGCGUGUUUUAAACAAGUUUCCAGUUACGGGCACCGUUAGACAGUUGUCUCACUACCCCGUAGAUGAUAUAAUAUCUGGAUUAGAUGAAGAUCAGAUUCAACUCAGGAAAACGAUUUUUGACUUAGCGCAAAAGGAGUUGGCCCCAAAUGCGUAUAAAAUUGAUAAGGAAAAUCGUUUCGAUGGCAUGAAAGACUUUUGGAAAAAAGCGGGAGACAUUGGCGCUUUAGGCAUAACGGCGGAUCCGAAAUAUGGCGGAACCGGUGGCGGUUACCUUGAUCAUGUCGUUCUCGCGGAAGAAAUAUCUCGGGCAAGUGGCGGUGUUGGCCUAUCGUACAUAGCCCACUCAAAUUUGUGCGUCAAUCAAAUAAACCGACACGGCACUGAAGAGCAAAAACAAAAGUAUCUGCCAAAAUUGUGCUCCGGUGAACACAUUGGCGCUUUAGCAAUGUCAGAAGCGGGAUCAGGAUCAGAUGUAGUUUCAAUGAAAUUGCGAGCUGAUAAGGACGGAGACCAUUACGUUCUUAACGGUAGCAAAUUUUGGAUUACAAAUGGGCCAGAUGCAGACGUUGUGGUUGUUUACGCCAAAACUGACCUUAAGACUGAACAGCCUCAGCAUGGCAUAUCUACAUUUAUAAUCGAGAAAACAUUUAAAGGGUUUUCGGCGGGACCAAAAUUGGAUAAAUUGGGAAUUAGAGGAUCAAAUACUUCCGAAUUGAUUUUUGAUAAUUGCCGGGUGCCUAAGGAAAAUAUGUUGGGACCAGAAAAUAAAGGCGUUUACGUGUUGAUGAGUGGUUUAGACUAUGAAAGACUAAUCUUAUGUGGUGGACCAUUAGGAUUAAUGCAAGCAAGCUGUGAUGUGGCGUUCCAAUAUGCCCACGAAAGAAAACAAUUUAAUACAAGAAUUGCAGAAUUUCAAAUGAUACAAAGCAAAUUGGCCAAUAUGUAUGCAACAACAUCAGCUUGCAGAAGUUUCGUUUAUAAUGUUGCUAAAGCUUGUGAUAGAAAUCAUGUUGGUAGGAAAGAUUGCGCUGGAGCAUUGUAUUAUUCGUCAGAACGAGCCACUCAGUUGGCUCUAGAUGCCAUUCAAAUUUUGGGUGGAAACGGGUAUAUCAAUGAUUACCCCGCUGGUCGGAUAAUGAGGGAUGCAAAAUUGUAUGAAAUUGGAGGUGGAACGACAGAAGUACGAAAACUAGUAAUUGCAAGGGAAUUACACAGAGAGUACUCUUGAUGGCAUGAUAAUUGCAAAACGGAAUUUUGUUCAGCUUUACUGUUUUAUAUGAAAGACUUUAUUUUAUUUAAAUAUAUGGAUAAACCAUUGAAUAAAAA